AUGUCUACUUCAAACAAUAACUCCCCCAAUCAGAACCCGUCAAUGUCACAGAAGACAGAUAUAGGGGACACUCCGAGUCCCGCAAUCACAAUACUAUCUUCCACAGAUGAGAGUUUUGCCCAUAUAGACACAAACCUUCGAAAACGUGACAAUAACAUCAUUAGAACACCACUUCCCCUCAAGUCUGAUAUAGAUGUCAAGGCAUCGUGUUUGAAGGAUCCAGUCGAUAAACCGGAUUUCCACAAACAUUCAUUUGAAUAUGUGAUUAGAAGUGGUCUAGCCGGUGGAAUGGCUGGAAUUUCUGCAAAGACACUCAUAGCCCCACUAGAUCGAGUGAAAAUUUUGUUUCAAACUAAUAACCCCCAUUAUAAACAAUACGUAGGUUCCUUUAGGGGGAUGUUCAGGGCAAUUUCGUCUAUCUAUGCAACAGAUGGCUCAAGGGGGUUAUACCAAGGCCAUUCGGCCACUUUGUUAAGAAUAUUCCCUUACGCUGCAAUCAAAUUCGUUAGUUACGAACAAAUAAGAACCAUUUUGAUCCCCUCUGAUGAAUUUGAAACUGCAGGGCGCAGAUUGUUGGCAGGUUCCUUGGCCGGAGUGACCAGUGUCUUCUGUACAUAUCCACUUGAUUUGAUUAGAGUCAGAUUGGCUUUUGAAACUUCUCAUCACUUGCUCCAUCAUGGUCCAGGUAAAUUCUUCCAUAUACUGAAACUGAUCUACAACGAGAAACCUCAGAUAAGUUACAGCACAGGUGGUUACCCUACUGCGGCUGGCGAUUCAUUUGUUGCAAAGUUUUUGUACAAACCAAGUUUUGCAAAUAGUUUCCCCAUCUUGUUAUCAAUCUCUAACUUUUACCGUGGAUUUAUACCCACCAUUUUGGGUAUGGUACCGUAUGCUGGGGUAAGUUUUUACUCUCAUGAUAUACUACAUGAUUUUUUCAGGAGUAAAUGGCUGGCUCCUUACACAGUGCUUACAGAUACAUCGAAAUCUGCUACCCGCUCUGAUUCUUCGUUUGACCAUAGACCUCCAUUAACAACUUGGGCACAAUUGCUAGCCGGUGGUGGCGCCGGUAUGCUGGCACAAGCUUCAGCUUAUCCAUUCGAAGUUAUUCGGAGAAGAAUGCAAGUGGGUGGUGUCACUAAUAAAUCUGGUGAAUUUUAUGGCAUAAAACAUACAGCAUUAAUGAUAUAUAAAGAACGUGGAUUUAAGGGAUUCUAUGUCGGUUUGGGAAUUGGCUUUCUGAAAGUCAUACCGAUGUUUGCAUGCUCAUUCUAUGUCUAUGAGAGGUGUAAACAUCUAUUACAUAUUUAA